AACGAAGGUCGUACUUUGCUCGAUGGUUCACUCGCUCGCAACUCGCCAUCUUGUUUUACAAGCUCGAAGUUUGUGAAAUCUUUCGAUUCGAUACGGGCUCAUAAUCGGUUUCGGUUCAAUAUUCAUCUGAGUUUUUGGCGGCAAAUUGAUCAAAGAUUAAUCGAUUAAGCAAUGAAGAAAACAUCGUCUUUGGUUUGGCGAUUCUUCGAUCGGUUAGAAGAAAAUAAGAGAUGUGUGGCGGUAUUGUGUAAAUUAUGUGAUACGCAAUAUAAAUAUUUCGGUAAUACAACAAACUUAAGAACACAUUUGGUUAAUAAACAUCCGAUUCAGUGGGAAUUACUGCAGAACGGUACACUCGACGAAUCAACAUUUCGUACGUUUGAUGAUGAUGAAAAUACAAAUCAGUCGGUGGCUCCGAAAAGAAGAAAAUAUCUGAAGGUUGAUGUUUUAGAACACUCGGAAACAGAUAUUGAUAACAACGAUGAGGUUGACACCACAAUGAAUGAACAUGAAAGACAGAAUUCCGACGAGGAAUGGUUAGAAGAUGAAUGGAUUGAGACAUACGAACCUAAACAGAACAAAGUGAAAUAUAGAAGAGUAAAAAGGGAAGUUACAACACCUACCUCACCUAAAUCAGUCAGAAGCUAUGCAUUCAAUCGUAAACCAUCUACAUAUAAACCAAAUACACACCCAAGACUUAACACUGUCACAACAGAAGUUAGAAAAGACGAAUAUGCAGUGUUUGGUGAAUAUAUCGGUAAUAAAUUGAGGAAAUUCAAAUCGUACCAAACAAGUGUAAAUGUUCAACAAUUAAUAACAACUAUACUAUGGCAGGCAGAAUACGGAGUGUACGAUAAUAUUGAAUCUGUGAAACGGAUUGUUUUAAGCACUGUACAGGAAAUGGAUACUACACAUAGCUCUUCGGCAAAAAAUGAAAAUAUUCAAAUAUCUACGGAAGGAAUUAUGAUUGAUAAAGAUCCAGAUAAUAUUGUCCAAAGUGUUAUUGAUAGUGUUAGAGUGGUGGAAGGAUAGUUACUUUACCUAAGUAAUAUAAAAUAUUACCAAACAUACCAUUAAUGAUACUAAGUCGUAAAAUAGUUUAUCGGUAAUUAUUGGUAAGGAUUAUGUACAAACUAUUAAAAUUAUUGUGUAAAGUACUGGCAAAUUGUUUAAAUCUGGAUUGUGUGUUAAAUCCAACCAUAUUAAAAAUAAAAGUGUUAUAAAUAAAUAAGUUUA